AUGUAUGGUGCAACUAUUAUUGUGCUUCGAUCUUUGGUUAAAGAAGGAGCUACAAAUAAAAUUUAUGGGGAAGCUGGUGGUUGUUUAAUGUCAAUGAAGUCCUUUGAUUUUACAUUUAUAUUGCGUCUUAUGCACAAGAUUAUGGGGAUUUCAGAUAUGCUUUGUCAAACUUUGCAGCAAAAAUCUUUGGAUAUUUUGAAUGCAAUGAAUUUGGUCUCAAUGACAAAAGAAUUACUUCGAACACUGCAAGAAAAAGGUUUUGAUCAUCUCCUUGGGCAUGUGAAAUCAAUUUGCUUGAAGUUUGCUAUUGAUAUACCUGAUAUGAGCACUCGGUACAAAGAAGCUACAGGACGUUAUUGCCAACAAAAUGAUGAUAUCACAGUUCAACAUCACUAUUGCAUUGACAUCUUUAAAGCUACGGUUGAUUAUAUAUUGGAUGAGUUACGCAUUGGAUUCAAUGAAGAGUCAAUGGGACUGCUUAUGCUCAGCUCUGCUUUAGAUCCUAGGGACAACUUCAAUGCUUUUGAUCCUGGUCGUAUUCUUUUACUUGCUGAGAAGUUUUAUCCAGUUGACUUUAGCGGACAAGACAUAUAUCUUUCGAAAUGUCAGUUAGAUCAUUAUCGACUUGAUGUGGUUUGCCAUAAGAAGUUUCAGAAUAUGUUAACAAUUUCAGAAUUGUGUCGUGGGUUAGUAGAAACAAACAAGGCAGGGUCUUAUAAUUUAAUCGACAGGUUGAUUCGUCUCAUUUUGACUCUUCCUGUUUCCACGGCAACUACAGAACGUGCAUUUUCAGCUAUGAAAUUCAUCAAAAGUGAUCUUCGUAACAAGAUGGAAAAUGAGUAUUUGAACGAUUCAUUGGUCGUCUUCAUCGAAAGAGAAAUCGCAGAAACUAUCGAUACAAAUUCGAUAAUAGAUACCUUUGCUUCUUCAAAGGAUCGAAAAGUCCUAUUUUCCUAG